AUGACCGUGCCUCUUGCUGUUAAUUUUGAUAACAUCAUUGACUACUUCAUCGUUGCCUUUCACGUUCUGCUGGCUACUUGCACGGUUUUAGUAGCCGGUGCUGUGGUUGUAGCUAUAAUUGGCUCCAAGUCUCUCCGAACUGAAAAUCGGUUUAUCUUCAUGUUGAGCACCAGCAUCAGCGACACACUGUCUGGCUUUGGAUUAUACUACGGUGGACUUUUCGAUGUCAAAGAAUCCUACCCACAGAGAAACGGGACGUACUUUGUAUUGCCUACAUUACUCGGCGUGAACUUUAUAACAAUUCUCACUGCACAGAUUGACCGGUAUGUUGCCGUGUCCUAUCCAUUCUUCUAUGCCCGACAAGUAACUUUAAGAGCUGUUAUUGUAAUUUGUAUUUUUAUAUGGACUUUCAAUUAUUUAACAGUACUUCUGAUGAAUGUGGUGCCUUGGCAGGUAGCUGCGGUUUAUAAUGCAGUAAAUACUUUAGGUGUCCAGAUCCUUGCGGUGAUUAUAAUGCUAGGACUAAACAUUAAACUCUAUCGAAUUGUAUGCUAUCAACUGAAGAGAGAGCCAGCAAGUCCUGAGACCGACGGUAAACGCGCCUCCUUAUUGCUGAUCAUAGCAGUGACCAUGUUCUUCCUCGCAUUUUGGACUCCGGAAUUCAUUAACGUCUCCUUAUGUGGACUAACGUCUUACGGAUACAGAUUCAAAAAUAGUGCAACGGAUCCUUUUGUUGUAUUGAUCCGCAUGAAUCCUUUGUCUACGCCGUCACUGUACAUCAUAGGGAGCGUGGCUCUGCGGAAGGCAAUUCUGAAGUUCCUGCGCCGUGACGCUUGCUGCGCAGCAAAAAGGUAA